AAGUUUGGAAAGAAGCUUCAACGGGCAUAUAAAACCCUUCAUCAUAAAAAUACAUUUGUGUUUUUCCCCUGGCCAGUUGUGUCUGCAACUCAUUAUUUGCUGGCUUCACAUACGGUAAAGUGUCGCUCCUUUUGUGGUUGAACAGUUGCAACUUUUCAACGGCGCAGAACAUGCGUGGAUGUACAUCAACAUGACGAAUUGCACAAGUAACAACCAGCAAUUUUAUUUGAAGAAGAGGCUGUUCUAUAUGUACCCGGGCAAUGUUCUCGAAUGUCCAAAUCCCUAACAUUACUUGAGCGUGGAACGGUCAUUUUUUUCGCAUGAAUUACAAACGGAUUUGGGUCGGUUUUGUCGUUCCUUAAGAUUCAGGAUGAGAAAACCCAAAGUUAAUCGGAUGGUUCUUGCGAUGUGCUUGGGGUGUUUUAUAAUGGUUAUAUUCUAUUUUCAGAGCAACUUGAAACCAGCCUCAGCACAGGGUAGUGGGAGGAGCAGCGGCCAGGGGAAGUCAUGGAGGAGUCCACUCCAGAUGCUCUAUGACAGUGACCAGCUGGAGCAGUCGACGGUGCAGGUGACCCACCAGGGUCGGCGGGAGCUGCUGGAGGACGCCUGCCGCUCAUACACGCGCAAGCGUCGCGUGCUCAUCCCCGAGGACCUCAAGCACGUCAUUGUGGAUGACCAGCACGGCCUGCUCUACUGCUACGUGCCCAAGGUGGCCUGCACCAACUGGAAGCGUGUCCUAAUGGUCCUGACAGGCGCCGCUGGCCCCCACCGCGACCCCCUCGCCAUCCCCGCCAACGAGGCCCACGUGCCUGGCAACCUGCGCACACUCUCUGAGUAUUCCACCUCUCAGAUCAACCAGCGGCUGCGCUCCUACCUGAAGUUUGUGUUCGUGCGUGAGCCCUUUGAGCGGCUCGUUUCAGCUUACCGCAACAAGUUCACACGCAGCUACAACACGGCCUUCCACAAGCGCUACGGCACCAAGAUCAUCCGCCGGCACCGGCCCAACCCCCAGGCCGAAGCACUGGAGCGGGGAGACGACGUCUCCUUCGAGGAGUUUGUGUACUACCUGGUGGACCCGGCCACACAGCGCGAGGAGCCCUUCAACGAGCACUGGGAGCGUGUGCACUCGCUGUGCCACCCCUGCCUCAUCCACUACGACGUGGUGGGCAAGUACGAGACGCUGGAGCAGGACUCCCGCUACGUGCUGCAGCUGGCUGGGGUGGAGGGCCAGGUGACUUUCCCUGCCUCGGCCAAGAACACCAGGACUACGGGAGACAUGGCUGCUCAGUUCUUCAACAACAUCAGACCCUUCUAUCAGAAGAAGCUGUAUAACCUCUACCACAUGGACUUCCUGCUGUUCAACUACUCCACGCCGGAGUACCUGACAUUUUGAUGACUUUACGCUUCUUAGGAGGAGCCUUAGUUUGAACCAUCUAUCAUAAGCACUACGUAGUAGUUGGAACGUAGUAGUUGGAAGCGUGACAUUGUGCCCGGCCCCACUAGCUUAUUACUUGUGAUGUAUAGCUGAUGUCAGCUAUUCUGGCGGCUUUUAACAGCUGUUGCUUAUAACAACAUUAUGUAUAACCUCUGACAGAGGGUUCAAAAGAAGUGGUACAGACACUUUUAACAUGGGUCCUGGGACUCUUCAAAGCACAGGUAUGUUUUACGGAGAGGACUAACCUGGUGAAAUCUAAGGAACUAAAGAUAUCUUUCAUAUCAAAAGUGAGAGUGGCUUUAAGAUGAGACAACGGGGAAUGGACACUUAAAGAUGAAGAUGUUGUACUGUUAGCAAUGAGCCAAUGGAGAUUAAAUGAUUGCCUCUGUAUGUGUAAAAUGCACCUCAAGUGCACAUUAACUCAAAAUGACCAAACUUUGACACCACCAACAAACUUUGGUUACAAUGAUUAUUUUUUCUUUCAAAGUUUAUUUUGUCACCACCAUUCUACAGUAAGACUAAAAGGAACGCAAGUGAUCUGAAGUAACAGGGGUGCUGAGAGUAUCUCUAUCAGUGCCUUUCAGUGGGCCUUAUGACUUAAAGGUGCAUGACAUCCUCUGGAAAUGUGACAUCAGUGUUUUCCUUAUACUGUAGAGAGUUGACUCUCAUUGGAGGGUUUAUUUAUUGUGAUAUUUGUGUCCCAGUGUCAACAAACUGCAGAUAGAGCACACAUUUAGACAUUAGGAAUAACUACCAUAACAUCAGACAGUCAAAUAAACACAUCUAAGCA